UUCGUCUGGAUUAGACAUCGUGGUGAUAACAAGGCCUUGGGAGCUACAGCUCGGAACCCCACGUGUCUUCAAAAUACUAGCCUGGAUUUCACCAAGAUGCUUCCCAAAGCACAGUGGAUAUUUGUCUCUUAUCAGGCACCCCUCAGACAAUCUCCAACUUGGGUAGAAUCAGGAGAUUUCUAGUGGUAUAUUCUCCACCUUCUAAAGAUUAAAUAUGGUGGCAAUGCUGAGAUGCUGUGGCAGAGUGAUGGUGAUGCUGGCAGCGCUGAUCUCACACCUUGCUUACACCAGUGAUGACCAUUGUGGCUACAAAACUGUCUACCUUGACAAGACCGUGUACAGGCCCGUACCUUACUACCAUGGAGGGAAGUCCGUAGAAAACACCUACGAGCCUGUCUACCUUACCACCACCGUCCUCAACAAGCAAUCAGUCCCCUACUUCAUCACGCAGACGCAACAGGUUCCUCAGUUCGUGACGAAGAAGGCCACUUUGCCUCAGUACAUCACCCACACGGUCAUAAACACCCACCCUAAGUACAUCACGGUAACGGAGAAGUCUUACGUCACUGUUUAUGCCACCAGGACACGUAAGACUUAUGAGACGGUGUGUCCUAAAGGCUACGGCUCGCACAAUGGAGGCUACGGCCACCACUGACGCUGUAACAUCAAGAGGUGGAGAAGGCAAGGAAGAAACCCAGAAGUAUGCAAGCAGGAGACGUACCUUCUCCAGAUCUUCGAGGUUAAUAGUGUAGCAAAGGUAAUAUCUGUUAUUUUGAAACUAAAAAUUAGAUCAAAAUAUUUAUAAGGCUCUUAAAGGGAAGAUUUGCACAAAAUAUAUAGUGCAUCUAGUCUUUUUUUUCUAUUUAGUAACUAAUGUUUAUAAGUUGAUAUAAACACUUUUACCGUAAUUUUGUGUUUUGUUGUUGUUUGAUAGUUUUGUUACAUCUAUUGUUUGCGUCCUGGUCUUCCAGAUAAGUUCAGUAUCUGUAUUCGAACUUCUACAAAUAAAAACUUUCCAUUUUUAACCUGGUGUUUAAUAAGCCCUUCAUUCUCUUGAUGUACACCAGAAGCAAAACAUGUGAAUCGUACCUAAAUG